UGUGGAUUAUUUGUACUUAUUUGUUUAUAGUACAAAUUAUCAUUGCAAGCUAUAAAAUAUCUUUGACCUCACAUAUCUUCACAUCUUUCAGGUUUGGAGGAAGAUUUAAGAAAAUCUCUCUUUGGGCAGCACAUUGCAUCUGAUGUUGUACUAAAAGCUGUAACAUCAUUUAUGACUGACAGCAAACCAAACAAACCGCUGGUCCUCUCUUUCCAUGGGACUACAGGAGUUGGGAAAACCUAUGUCACUAAAAUCAUUGCAAGAAAUGUGUACGAGAAAGGGGAAGAAAGCAAACAUGUUCACUUAUUUAUAUCUGACUAUCAUUUUCCAUAUAAACAAAAUUCACACAUCUACAGCGCAGAGCUAAAGAAAUUGAUUCUUGAAAAGGUAUAUUGGUUUCCCCACUCAAUGUUCAUAUUUGAUGAAAUGGACAAGAUGCAUCCUCAGCUGAUCGACACCUUAAAACCUUUUCUAGACUACAAUGCCCAUGUAGAUGGAGUGUCAUUCCGCAAUGCAAUCUUCAUUUUUCUCAGUAAUGCAGGAGGGAAAGUGAUUGAGGAAGUGGCUCUGGAUUUCUGGAGAGAAGGCAAAGCUCGGGAAGAGAUCAAGAUGAACAGCAAGGAACUGGAGACUAAAAUCUCUCAAAACAUCAUGAAUGGGAAAAGUGGAUUCUCACAAUCCAGUCUAAUAGAUCAUCAUCUGAUUGAUCACUAUAUUCCUUUCCUACCUCUGGAGCUGAAGCAUGUGCGUCAGUGUGUCCUGGCUGAGAUGGUCCAUCUGAAGAUAAAACAAAACACUGAUCUGGCAGAUGAAGUGGUCAAAGAAUUGUUUUUCUCCUCUAAAGAAGAGAAAAUCUUUGCUGAUAAAGGCUGUAAGUCUGUCAUACAGAAGUUGGUGCUCUAUAUUGAUAAAUAGAUGAACAGCUUCUCUUGCGCCAUCUUAUCUUUCUAUACCAUCUUCUUUCCCCUCAUCUCUCUUUACCUCUUCCACUGUUUUUCUCCCGCUCAAUAUUAUCCUCUCCAAAACCUCUCACUCUUACACCUUUUCCUUUUCCCAUUCUUCUUCUUUUCCUUUCCCCUUUUAACAGAGUUUUGUUUGUUGUGUUUGGAAAAAUGGUGCACAAAUGAUUGUGAUUUUUGUAAAACCAAUAAAACAGUUUUUUCUUGAUAUAUUAAAGUUUUGGUAGGCUGUAUGAAUACUGUGAAAACAUUUGAGAAUUUUGUGCACAGUGUUUUGAAAAAAAUGAUGCAUGUGAUUAGUAAUUUGCAUGAAACGAAGGAAAAUUUCACUGUGUUAACUGAUUUGAGAACAGUGAACUGAGUUUGGAGAAAUGUGUAAAAACUUAUUGAGAAAAACUGUAAUAGGCUACUCUCUCUUGAGUUAUUAAAAAGUGAAAAUAUGGGG